AUGGUCCUUAUGUAUAUCCUUGGAAUUCAGCAUGUAUUGGAUACCAAAGUGGUCAAUAUGCUGAGUAUUGGAGAGCUUUUGAGGUGGAUACUAUCUACUCCAAUGCAGUUCAUCAUUGGCCGACGAUUCUACACUGGUACUUACAAAGCAUUGCGCCAGGGCUCUGCAAAUAUGGACGUCUUGAUUGCCUUGGAAAAAAAUAUAGCAGCCUACUUCUAUUACGUCUAUUUUGUGUUGAGAGCUGCUAGCUCAAUUCUCAUUGCAUUCAUUCUACUAGGCAAAUAUCUGGAGGUUUUGGCCAAGGGGAAGACAUUUGAGGUUGAUGGGACACUUCAGAGAAUAGAAGGCGAUGCAUUAUCUGCUUACGGUUCAAGUGCGGCGGCUUUGACCAAAGAGAAACCCUUGUUCUUGUUCUUGUUCUGGAACCGUACUCUCAGCACAGUUGACUUCCAGGAACUUCUACUUCCAGUCUUUCGGGCCAAGCGACAGGGCACUGAUAUUUCCAAAGGAGGAGGAAGAGAUGCUCAUAAACAGGAGGAAAUCAAACAAUACUACAGAUCCUUCCUAUGGAGUUUGAUUUUUACAAUUUCAGUAUUCUUAACCUCCAUGGUCCUUAUGUAUAUCCUUGGAAUUCAGCAUGUAUUGGAUACCAAAGAGGUCAAUAUGCUGAGUAUUGGAGAGCUUUUGAGGUGGAUACUAUCUACUCCAAUGCAGUUCAUCAUUGGCCGACGAUUCUACACUGGUACUUACAAAGCAUUGCGCCAGGGCUCUGCAAAUAUGGACGUCUUGAUUGCCUUGGAAAAAAAUAUAGCAGCCUACUUCUAUUACGUCUAUUUUGUGUUGAGAGCUGCUAGCUCAAUUCUCAUUGCAUUCAUUCUACUAGGCAAAUAUCUGGAGGUUUUGGCCAAGGGGAAGACAUUUGAGGUUGAUGGGACACUUCAGAGAAUAGAAGGCGAUGCAUUAACUGCUUACGGUUCAAGUGCGGCGGCUUUGACCAAAGAGAAACCCUUGUUCUUGUUCUGGAACCGUACUCUCAGUAAGCGUAUGGAUUGA